AUGGCUCCACUUAAUGAUGUCGUCGUGCACCUUUACCAUGUCAUGGAACAAUAUCAUGCUCCGGAAGCCAGGGGCCAGAGCACUAUGAUCACUGGGAUUGUUUUGAUGGCCAUCGCCGUCUUGCUUGUGAUCAAUCGUUUUCAUGUUCACUGUUUCACUGGCCGAACCCCAGGCUUUGAUGACUAUCUGAUUGUGUCGUCUCUGGUGUUCUGCGUCGCGAUGAAUGGAGUGAAUACCGCUGCAAUUCAAUAUGGGUAUGGAAAGCAUGUUAGCGACGUUCCCAAACAUGAUAUGAACAUUGCCUUGAAGCUUUUUUACUGCUUUCAAGUCCUGUACAAGUGUACAAUCAACUUGACAAAGGUUUCGAUUGUCUUGCUAUACCGCCGGAUCUUCGUUACUAGAUUCAUUUUUCGCCUCGUUUGCGAUUAUAUCGUUUGCCUAGUCGCAACAUUCGCUGUUGCCAGCAUCUUCGCCAGCAUUUUUCAGUGCAUGCCUGUUUCAAGAGCUUGGGACAGAUCCAUUCCCGGAACUUGCAUCGAUUUCGCAGCCUUCUGGAAUGCGAAUGGCGCUUGGGACAUACUCACUGAUGCUAUGAUUUUGACCCUGCCACUACCUCUCCUUCACACCCUUGGUCUUCCAACUCAACAAAGAAUCGGGCUGGUGGCGAUAUUUACCUUGGGAUUCUUGUAA